AUGAUGACAAUAUCAUGCAAAUAAUCGCAUAUUAUGAUUUAUUUGAAAACUGUAUGUUGCAUAAUCGUAGACAAGUACAUAUUCGUAACAGAAAUUAUUUUGAAGUAACAAUUCCACAAUACAGUUUAAGCGAUUUCCACGCACAUUUUCGGAUGAAACCUGCAUCAAUGGAGCGGCUUGUGAACAUUAUUAGGCAGCAUAUGGAUGAAAAAGAAUAUUAUGUUAUUCCGUUACAAAAACAAGUAGCAUUGACAGUUUGGAUAUUAGCAAAAGCAGAAUCAUUUUUGGCAGUUGGUUUGACAUGGCUCCUAGUACAGCACACUACUGUUAUGCAAACAUAAUUAGAACAUUGUCUUCAUUGUUGGGCACAUAUGUCAAGUGACCAAACGAGGCAGAAAUCCAUACUAUUUCAGAAGUAAGUAUAGUAAUUAUGGAUGGGUA